GAGUCAUUCAAUGAAUAUUACAAAGAGAUGCCAUGGAAAGCAGUUCCAUUUGAAAAUCGUAUGAUUAAACAACGUUUAAGUGCCUAUUAUAAAAUCCAAGGUAUUCCAUCGUUGGUGAUCAUUAAACCAUCUGGUGAAACAUUGACAACAAAAGGACGAGGUGAUAUUGAUCGAAAUAAAUUAAAAGCAAUUGAAACUUGGGUAAAAGGUGAAAUAGUAAAAUAUGAUCCAGUAAAACCAGAAGACUUUGUCUGGAACAGUGUCAGUUGCGACGGAUGUAGCAUGGGACCACUAGUGGGUUUGAGAUAUCAUUGUGAAACGUGUGGCAAUUAUGAUUUGUGUGCAGCAUGUAAGAAUAAAGGACACGAACAUGAAUUAGAAUUAAUCGAUAUGCCAACAGAAGAUGAUGAUGAGGAUUAA